CUCCUUUUUUUUUUAUCUUUCUGGUCUUUCCGAUUAAACGUCAUCUCUAUCCAGAAUCCGGUCAUCAAUUGCAAAGGUCUUCUACCAUCAAGCUGUCAACAAUGUCUCCCAAAAUCAUCUUGAUCACCGGUAUCAAUGGAUACCUGGCCUCCAAUACUGGAACAGCCGUCUUGCAAGCCGGUCACAUCCUCCGCGGGACCUGUCGCUCUCACGAGAGAGUCAAAGCCUUGCUUGAGGGCCCAUGGAAUCAAUAUCAAUCCCAAAUCGAAAUUUCCAUUGUGCCCGACAUCAGCGAGGUACAUGCCUUCGACGAAGCCGUCAAAGGGGUCUCUGCGAUCAUUCACAUGGCGGCUCCUGUGAUCAGCCCGGAAAUCAGUAAGGCAUCGACCCAGUUGAUCGAGCCUACAAUUGCUGGAACGCGGAACUUGCUCAACUCCGCUCUGAACUAUGCUGGAGAUCAGCUGGAAAUAUUUGUCUUUACCUCUUCUGCAGCAGCCUGCAUCAAGCCAGGUGCGAAGGCCCCGCACGUGUACGAUGAUGACAGUUGGAAUGUCGUUCAUCCAGAGAUUGUCGAGAGAGAUGGGGAUAACGUCUCCAUCUUCACAUCCUACCCCGUCGCGAAAAUCAAAGCGGAGAAGUACGUGUGGUCCCUUUACGAAAGCAAGGCUCCAUUUGCUAUCGCUUCUAUCUGCGGUUCCAUUGCGACUGGUCCACCCAUUGUCCUCCCGGAGAGCGAAUCUGAGAUCCCUUCAACCUGCAAGUCAGUCUUGAAUGCUCUCAGGGGUCUGGACUUGCCUGGUCCCCAGAGCCAUAUUGCGAAUAUUGCUGGAGCUGCUCCAUACUCGGAUAUUCGUGAUCUGGCCAAGAUCUACUUGUGGUGUACAGAGAACCCUCAGAUCGCAGAUGGACAGCGAUAUCUUGUUGUCGCGGGACAUGGACCGCAGAAGGCUAUGUAUGACAUCCUCAAAGAGGCCUAUCCAGAGCGUGCGCAUAUGAUUCCCAAUGGAGACGAGUUCCUGCGUUACAACAAGGACUGGACAUUUGAUGAAGACGGUGUGCGAUUCGACUCCAGAAAGGUGCAGAAGCAUGUUGGAUUGACCUUCAAGACCUACAAGCAGACCAUUCUGGAUACGGCAGAAGUUUUGGCACCUUACUGGAAACACGGGCUGCCAAUAGUCCAUUGAUCAUUCUCUAUUGACAACGUUGAGGAGAAAAAUUAUCUCUAUGGAUUUGCCUGUAGAUAGCCUAAUUUCCUUGAUUACUUCUCGCCAUCUCAUGAGACUCGGGGAUCAAUUAUUGACGAUGCAAAUACCUACAACAUCCUCGCCUAACUGCAGGAACGGAAAGCUUAGCUAAUUAC